AUGGCCUCCCUAGCCCCCCGCCUCUUCACACGCAGCAUCCGGCAAACACGCGUCCCUCGCGCCGCCAUCUCCUCCACAACAGUCCGCCACGCAUCGACCAAGCACCCCAAAGCCUUCACACCCCCCUCGCAAUCCGACCUCGACGAGCUCCGCGACUCAGUCCGCGACUUCGCCCAACGCGAGAUCCCCGAAGACGUCGCCGCUCGCACAGACAAACAAAAUGAGUUCCCCAACGAAAUGUGGCAGAAGUUCGGCGAGGCGGGUUUCCUAGGCAUAACCGCGGAUGAGGAGUUCGGCGGACUGGCAAUGGGCUACCAAGCCCACUGUGUCGUCAUGGAGGAGCUGUCGCGGGCGAGCGGAAGCAUAGGACUGAGUUACGCGGCACACAGCCAAUUGUGCGUCAACCAGUUGAUGUUGAACGGGAAUGCAGAGCAGAAGAAGAAAUACCUGCCUGGUUUGAUCAGUGGGGAGAAGAUUGGUGGGCUGGCUAUGAGCGAGCAUAGUGCUGGGAGUGAUGUUGUUAGUAUGAAGAGUACGGCGAAGGAGGUGGAUGGUGGGUAUCUGCUUAAUGGCACCAAGAUGUGGAUUACAAACGGCCCAGACGCACACGUAAUAGUCGUCUACGCCAAAACCGAACCCAAUGCCGCCUCCAAGGGCAUCACAGCCUUCAUCCUCGAGACCUCCACCCCCGGCUUUAGCGUCGCGAACAAACUAGACAAGCUGGGUAUGCGCGGCUCCAACACUGGCGAACUUGUCUUCGAGAACGUCUUCGUCCCCAAGGAAAAUGUCCUCGGCGAGAUCAACCGCGGCGUCCGCGUCUUGAUGGAGGGCCUGGAUCUCGAACGCCUUGUACUCUCAGCGGGACCGCUGGGUCUCAUGCAGGCCUCGCUUGAUAACGUCCUUCCUUACACACACCAGCGGAAGCAGUUCGGUACGCCGAUCGCGCAUAAUCAGCUUGUGCAGGGGAAGCUGGCGGAUAUGUACACGAAAUAUCGUGCUAGUCAGGCGUUCACAUACAGUGUUGCCCGCGCUGUGGAUGAGUCGCAUGCUAGUCCCGAUAUCAAGACACAAGACUGCGCAGGCGCCAUCCUGUAUGCGGCAGAGAGGGCGAGCGAGGUCGCGGCUGAUGCCGUGCAGUUGAUGGGCGGCAUGGGAUACAUGAACGAAGUGCCCGUUGGUAGGAUACUUAGGGAUGCCAAGUUGUAUGAGAUCGGUGCUGGAACGAGUGAGGUGAGGAGAAUGGUUAUUGGGCGGGCGUUUAACAAGGAGUGGAAGCAGGAGAUAUGA